CACGACAAGUGCGGCCCAGCCGUCUGAUCUGGCGCCGAGCGCUGUCCAGGCUGACAUAGAAAGCUCUCAGUCUGCCACACGGUACAUGACACACGUCACCACGCUCUGCGGGUCUGCAUGCAUACAGCCAAGUGCACAAGGGACACACACCAGCAGCGAGCACCCAUCCGGGCUGGGGUCACCAACCAAGUUCGACUUCCGCCUCGCAUAAAAACCAAAGAAAGCUCGUCUCGUCCCGCCCCCCGCUCCCUGCUUGCUCUCCUCCCCACCACACCGUGCCAUGCCUCGGCGUCGGCAGCGCGCGCGUCCAUCCAGGCCGUAGCGUGCGUGUCCCGCUCCCGCCCGUCCGGCGGGGCCCAGAAUGGGCGGGCCCGUGCAGCUGCUGCUGGCGCUGGCCGCCGUCGCCGCGGCGUUCGCCUGCGCGGGCGCGGAUCCGCCGCAGCAGGAGCGGUCGGCGCUGCAGGCGUUCCUCGCGGGCACGCCGCACGAGCGCGCGCUGGGCUGGAACGCGUCCGUGCCGGCCUGCGCCUGGACCGGGGUCCGGUGCGACGCGGCCAACGCCACGGUCGUCGAGCUCCGCCUCCCGGGCAUCGGCCUCAUCGGCAGCGUGCCGCUGGGCACGCUCGGCGGGCUGCGGGGACUCCAGGUCCUCUCGCUGCGUGACAACCGCCUCCUCGGGGACAUCCCCAGCGACCUGUUCGGCCUCCCGCGGCUCCGGUCGCUGUACCUGCAGGGCAACCUGCUCACCGGCGCCAUCCCCGCCGAGGUCGGCCGGCUCGCCUCGCUCGAGCACCUCGCGCUGUCCCGCAACAGCCUCACCGGAGCCGUCCCGUCGGCGCUCAACAACCUGACAAGGCUCCGGUCGCUGAGGCUUGACGGGAACCGUCUCUCCGGCAGCCUCCCGAGUCUCAGCUUCCGCCAGCUCGAGGUGUUCAACGUCUCCUACAACGACCUCAACGGCUCCAUCCCCAGCUCCCUCGCGCGGUUCUCCCCGGAGUCCUUCGCCGGCAACGUCGGCCUCUGCGGCCCGCCCCUCGUGGACCAGCCAUGCCAGCCCUCUCCUCCCGGUGUCCCUGUGAAAUCGUCGAAGAAGAAGAGGAAGCUGUCCGGCGCGGCGGUCGUGGCCAUUGCGGUGGGCGCCGGGGCCGCGGCGCUGCUCGCCCUGGUGCUCCUCGCGCUGUGCGCCGUCCACCGCCACCGUCGCGCAGCCACCGGCGAGGAGGAGGUGAAGACGACGCCGCCGACCCGGGGCCUGACCCCGUCGACAGCGUCAGGGGAGAUGACGGGAGGCGACUUCACCUCGUCUUCCAAGGACAUCAGCGUGGCCGCCGCCGCCGCCGCGGGGGGCGCGGCGGAGCGGAGCCGCCUGGUGUUCGUGGGGAAGCAGGGCCCGGGGCAGCACCACUACAGCUUCGACCUGGAGGACCUGCUGCGCGCGUCGGCGGAGGUGCUGGGGAAGGGCAGCCUGGGCACGUCGUACAAGGCGGUGCUGGAGGAGGGGACGACGGUGGUGGUGAAGCGGCUGCGGGACGUGGCCGUGGCGCGGCGCGAGUUCGCGGCGUGCGUGGAGGCCGCGGCGGGCGCCGCGGCGGAGCACCGGAACCUGGUGCCCCUGCGCGGGUACUACUACUCCAAGGACGAGAAGCUGCUGGUCGUGGACUACCUCCCCGGCGGCAGCCUCUCCGCCCGGCUCCACGGCAGCCGGGGCACGGGCCGGACGCCCAUGGACUGGGAGGCGCGGAUGCGGACCGCGCUGUGCGCCGCGCGCGGCGUGGCGCACCUGCACACCGCGCACAGCCUCGCGCACGGCAACGUCAAGUCCUCCAACCUCCUGCUGCGCCCGGACCCCGACGCGGCCGCGCUCUCCGACUACUGCCUCCACCAGAUCUUCCCCCCGGCCCCCGCGCGCCCUGGCGGGAGCGGCGGCGGGUACCGCGCGCCGGAGCUCGUGGACGCGCGCCGCCCGACGUUCAGGUCCGACGUGUACUCGCUCGGGGUGUUGUUCCUGGAGCUCCUGACGUGCAAGUCCCCCGCGCACCACGCGUCCCUGGAGGGCGGCGACGGCGCCGUGGACCUCCCACGGUGGGUGCAGUCGGUGGUGCGGGAGGAGUGGACGGCCGAGGUGUUCGACGCGGAGCUGGUGCGGAUGGGCGGGAGCGCCGAGGAGGAGAUGGUGGCGCUGCUCCAGGUGGCCAUGGCGUGCGUGUCCACCGCGCCGGACGCGCGCCCGGACGCCCCCGACGUCGUCAGGAUGAUCGAGGAGAUCAGCGGCGGGCACGGGCGCACGACGACGGAGGAGAGCGAGGGGACGAGGGGCGCGUCAGAGGAGGAGCGGUCCAGGGGCCCGACUCCGUGAUGCCGCCGGUGCAACGCAACGCAAUGCGAUGCCGCAUGGCAAAGUUGUUUCCUUUCGAUCGAUUUAUAUAGCAUUUGUUUUGAUUCUCUAGUCUCUAACCGCUCAGCCUAGCCUGGCUGCUUCUCAAGCAUCCAUUGUCACGCCAAUCAGAUACAUUCCCCCCUCUCUCCCAGCCUUUAAUCCUCCAAGCGUAUGCAGCAAUUUUUCCCGUUUGGUUCU